GGUGGUAAAGGAGGAGAUCUCAGACGACAAUGCAAAGCUACCUUGCUUCAAUGGAAGAGUGGUGUCCUGGCUGGUCCUGGCUGAAAGCUCCCACUCUGACACUGGCUCCCAGUGCACCGAGAGCCACGCUGACCUUCCACCACCCAUUGAGAGAACAGGCGGCAUUGGAGACUCCCGGCCUCCAUCAUUCCAUCCAAAUGCUGCCAGCAGCCGGGAUGGCCUGGACAAUGAAACAGGAACAGAGUCGGUUAUUAGCCACCGACGAGACAGACAUCGACGGAGAAAUAGAGAAGGGCAUGAGGAUGUCCCUCGGAUCAAUGGCCAUCCGAAACUGGACAGACACCGUGAGCACCCUCCUGGUUAUGACAGCUCUUCUACCAUAAUGAGUAGUGAGCUGGAAUCCAGCAGCUUCAUUGACUCUGAUGAUGAUGACAACACAAGCAGGUUGAGUAGCUCCACUGAGCAAAGUACUUCAUCCCGGCUCAUACGGAAGCAUAAACGCAGGAGGAGGAAACAAAGGAUGCGGCAGAUUGACAGGUCGUCUUCGUUCAGCAGCAUCACUGAUUCUACCAUGUCCCUAAAUAUCAUCACGGUCACACUCAACAUGGAAAAGUAUAACUUCCUGGGAAUCAGCAUUGUAGGACAGAGCAAUGACCGGGGUGAUGGUGGCAUAUACAUUGGCUCUAUUAUGAAAGGAGGGGCUGUGGCAGCAGAUGGCCGGAUUGAACCAGGAGACAUGCUUCUACAGGUCAAUGAUGUCAAUUUUGAGAACAUGAGCAAUGAUGAUGCAGUACGGGUUUUACGGGAAAUAGUCUCCAAACCAGGACCUAUCAGCCUAACAGUAGCCAAAUGCUGGGACCCUACUCCCAGGAGUUAUUUCACCAUCCCCAGGGCUGAACCAGUGAGGCCAAUUGACCCUGCAGCGUGGAUCUCUCAUACCACAGCCAUGACGGGAGCGUACCCCCGUUACGGUAUGAGCCCCUCCAUGAGCAUCACCACAUCUACCAGCUCCUCACUAACAAGCUCAAUUCCCGAUUCGGAAAAAUUAGAAGAAUCUCCCCUAACUGUGAAGAGUGACAUGGCUACUAUUGUGAAGGUUAUGCAGCUACCAGACUCAGGCCUUGAAAUUCGGGACAGGAUGUGGUUAAAAAUUACUAUCUCCAAUGCAGUGAUAGGAGCAGAUGUGGUUGACUGGCUUUACACACACGUGGAAGGCUUCAAAGACCGACGGGAGGCUAGAAAAUAUGCCAGCAGCAUGUUAAAACAUGGCUACCUCAGGCACACUGUGAACAAAAUCACCUUCUCAGAGCAGUGCUAUUAUGUCUUUGGAGACCUCUGUGGCAAUAUGGCUGCACUGAACCUUAACAAUGGUUCAAGCGGAGCCUCGGAUCAGGAUACCCUUGCUCCACUUCCACAUCCUGCUGCUCCCUGGCCAUUAAGCCAAGGAUACCCAUAUCAGUAUCCUCUGCCCCCUCCAUGUUUUCCACCAGCAUACCAAGAUCCAGGCUUUAGCUACGGUAGUGGCAGUGCAGGGAGCCAGCAAAGUGAAGGAAGCAAAAGCAGCGGCUCGAACCGAAGCAACAGCGAGAGCAGCAGGAGGGCUCUUGGCAGAGAGAAGGACCGCAAGUCGGCUGGCAGCGGCAGCGAGUCUGACCACACUGCCCGCAGCGGCGGCGGUGCCAGUGUCGUGCGUCGGGAGAGGCCUGCCAGCCAGCUCAGCCACCGGAGGCAUGUCUCUGCCACCCACAGUGGGAGAAGCCACCACAGCCAUCAUUCUUACGGGCCUCCAGGAGUCCCACCCCUCUACAGUCUCCCCAAGCUGGGCUCCAAAGUCUACGGGACGAGCGGACCCCCCGGAGGGCCCCCCGUGAGGGAGCUGAGCUCUGUUCCUCCAGAGCUGACAGGGAGCCGGCAGUCCUUCCAGAAGGCUAUGGGCAACCCUUGUGAAUUCUUCGUCGACAUCAUGUGA